UGUCAUCGUUAUUAUUGAUAAUUUUAUGGACCACUAGCCAAUGUUAGAGCAGGAAUGUCGAAGGAAAGCAAUAACUUACGAUUGCUCGGCUCGCCGGUGAACCUUACAUACAGAAGUAAGAAAAGAGAGGAUAAAAAGAACGUAAAAAACAGGCCGCGUUCAGCACUGCAGAAUUCCUGUGCCCCGGAAAAGGACCAGGAAAGAUUUAAGAGGCCAUUCUCCGCAGACACAAAAGACAGGGCUCCAUCCACAAGGUCAUUCUUAAAGUCAUUCAGUGCUGAUUUGCUGCAGUCAUAUAACAAUUCACCUCUAAGCGUAAAAGUGCUUCCACCAACAGAAGAGUUACUCGCAAAUUCAAAAGUAUAUCUAGAUCCAGCAAUUAAUAAUACAGCGAUAAGUAGCAAUGCUUCUGAUUACGGUUCAGAGGAUACCUUUAUCAGUCUAGGAAGUAAGAUCAAAGCUAAAGCACAAUCGGGUGUCAAAAAUAGAAAUAUUGGUACAAAACAUUUUCUGAAGUACAGAUCCCUUGGCAAAAAGGGGCGAAAGGCUAUGGAUAGUUCUCUAAGUGAAAUAGGCCUUGGUGGAACUAAUAAUAGUUAUGGAGUUGAAGUAACGAUUAAAGAAAAAUCCCAACGGCCAACAUCACCAAUUCGAAAUAAAGAUUUAUUUCAGCUAAGAAGUGUAACACCUCAAUUUAAAACUGGUAUGUCGUAUGAAUCUUACUUCCUUUCCCUUAAUGGUGAUAUUAAAAACGAAGAUGUAGCUGGCAGGGUUUCCUUUGCCCCACCAAACAAUGAAGCUAAAAGCUCAAUAGAUGCCUAUUCACGUCAUUUGUUUCUUACAAAACAGCAACUGUCACUAGUGGAAGAGGAAUCAACACAAGAUCUUGACAGUAUUCCUUCUCAAAAUAACAUGGUUAGUCUAUCACCAAGGAAUUAUGAUAGUAUUGAAAAUCAACAGGUUAACAGUAAAGAAAAUCUAGACGUGAUUGACUAUGAAGAACAUGAUCAAAUUGAUAAUUUCAAAAAACAAUCAAACUUUUUCAUGAAUGAUACUAAAAACUAUAGCUCUUUUUACAACAACAUUCAUGCAAACAUAGAUCCGUACAAAGCUAUAAUGUCAAGCACUGGCAUUCAUACAGAUACUUCAUCCAAAGAUUCUGGAUAUCCAGAGAGUUGCAUGAAAGAGGAUAAAGCCAUGGCUUCCAAUUAUUCACUUCCUACAACAUCUGUUAAACAAGAUUGUAAUACGCACGAUCAGCCGAAAAGCUUGGAAAUUUUGAAUGAAAAAGAUUAUGAAAACUGUCAAAAUGAUAAGAAAUGGGUUGAGCCAUUUAAUCAUAGUAGGUUGCUUUAUAAAGACUUCUUUUUGAAAAAAGAAAGUCAUUUACUGGUGCCACCCCAAAACUCUCCAACGAAAAGUGACAUGCACAUUCCUGGAUCUAGCGAAAGUGCCAGUGAAACAGCUGCGACUGAAAAGGCCAAUUUAGAAUAUCCCACAUAUCUUUUAAACAGCACUACAAAAGCAUAUACUUCAAGAGUUAUUGAAGAUUAUAAAAAAGAAUUACAGGCUAUAAACAAUCUUCAUGAAUUAACUUUAAAGGAUAUAAAAACAGAUGCUAUAUCGCCAACACCGUUGAACAUUGACGAAUUGUUUGAACACCAUUCUAAUAAAAUCUCCGAUGAAAAUAGAGAUUCUAGCGAGAAUUCCCAAAAAAGUUUAACCUUAAGCGAUCCUGUAAGCGAUAAAAACUCUUUAGAUGUUAAACGUGAUAGUAUAUCAAAAGUUACUACAAAGGAACUAAUUCAGAACUACCUAAAAAUUAAAGGGGAUUACACGAAAGAAGGUAAAAUGUUAAAAAAAUACGAUAAAAAGUUGAACAAUAUGAAUUCAAAAGCUGAAGAGAGUACGGGCUAUAAACAGUUUUGGAACAAUAGAAAUGCCAAAAACAAUAUAGAUAAAAGUAAUACGCCAGUUAACGUAAGAAAUCAAGCAUUUACAAUGCGCGCUCCUUCAAGUGCUAGAAUAGCUGGUGUACAAAAUGAUAAAGAUAUUGAUUCGUGGAUGUCACUUUCUGCCCCAUCACCCAGAGUCCUUGACGUAGAUAAUCUAGGAGCAGCAUCUGAAGUACACCAGUCAAAGACUAUGGAUCCAGUCAAAGCAGAUAGCCCUUCUGUAGAAGAAAUAUCUCAAAGUCCUUCGGCUCCCGUUGAAACUCCCAAGCCGACAGAGUUGAAUUCAAAAUCUACAGUAUUGGAUAUUUAUUCUAUGUUAAAAGAAAUAGAAAGUUAUGGUGACAAUCCAGUUACUUCUGUAAGUAAUGUGAAUGUUUGUAAUGAGGAAGAAGUAAAGGAUAAAGAAAGAUGCCCAACUCCGAAAGAUAAUUUUAUGGAAAUUUUUGAGUUCUUAGAAAAAGUUGAACAAAGUGCAAACGUCGCCUUAUCAGUUGUCACAAAUACGACUCCACAAACUAUUCCCAAAUUAGAAGGACUUCUGAAACUACCACAUACAGAAUUGGCUCAAAGAUUGGUGACAGCUUCACUUCAGUUGGAAGAACGGUCGUGUUGCAUCGCGCUACUUCAAGAAAGUCUGGCUAACCAUAAAGAACAAAUGAUAUCAAAAGUCAGUAAUUUGGAGAAGCAGUCGCAUCGAAACAUCGCCAAAGUGAAGCAGGAGUGCGAAGAGUCGAUUAAAAGACAUCAGAGCUUCAUUGAUCAGCUGAUAAAUGAUAAGAAAACUCUGAACCAUCGUAUAGAGCAAUUAGUGGAUGAACGUCGCUCUCUAGAAGACAGAUGGAAACGUUCAGCGCAGGCACUUGAGGAGCGUUACAAAUUAGAGCUAAGAAAUCAGCACGACAAGAUGGCAGCCGCUCAACAGGUAGCUAGACAAAGAUGGGUGCGGCAAAAGGCAGAGAAAAUAAAGGAGCUAACUGUCAAAGGUUUAGAAGGCGAACUACGCGAGAUGGCAGAACGCCAACAGAAGGAAGUGUCGGAUCUCAAGAUGGCGCACGCAGAACAAACUGGGCGUCUGAAUGCUAAACACGCAGCGGAGUUGGAAGAAUUGAGAAGAAACCUCGAGCAAGAAAAGGAAGCUGCUUUAUUAAAAGAGAGACAGUUAGCCAGUUCAAGAAUGGAGAAACAGAUCUUGGAAUUAGAAAUAUCGUACCAGGAGCAACGGACGCGUCUGAUUGCGGAGAUGCGCGCAGAAAACGAACGGGUGGCGGCAGAUCUCGCUGAGAAGGAGAAAAUGCAAAAAUUGGAAUUUGAAAAAUUGAAAACCGAACAAGAGAGACUUUUGAAGGAAAAUAGACAACAAAUGGCACACGACAUUGCGAAAGAGAGAGAAGAAUUGGAAGAUAAAUUAAAACAGAAACGUGAAGAACUGUUAAUAGAAUUCGAACAAUACAAGAAAGAUUAUGAAGCGGAGCAGCAGUUAGUAUUAAAGAAGAAAGUGACGGAGAUAACAGCGCAGCAUAAGUUAGAAAGAGAUAGAGAGAUCGAGAAAGCUAUCGAGAGCAUGGAUGCCGAAGCCCAAGCCGGGAGGAAAGAACUGCAAGAAGCGUUAAGGAGAAACAAAGAACAGUACGAAGCGGAAUUAAAAGAACUCGCAGAAACUGAACAGGCAACUCUAAAGAGAUAUCAGGACGCACAAGCCAGAAUACGGCAUACUGAAGACAGGUGUGCUGAACUUGAAAUGGCGAUAGGUCAACUUGAAACCAGAAACAGAGUUCUGACUGAGAAAAACACUCAACUGGAAUCCCGCGCAGAGGAAGUGAGAGCGAGUUGCGAGGCGUCGUGGCGCGGUAAAGUGGACUCUUUGCAGAAGGAGAUAGAAGAUAUGAAGAAGACUCACGAGGAACAAAUGCACCAGCUAUAUGCGAAGGUGAAAGUAGCAGUGGCCCGGAAAGAUUCCACGAUUCAAGCUUUGACCAGAGAGACGGCUAAGUAUCAGGAGAAACUCACACUACUCGAGCAAAAACUUCAGCAGCAAAGAAAGGAUUUCCUGAAGUCCAAAUAAUCGAGAGAAUAAAACGUAUCUAUUUUUGACUAAGUUUUACUCAUCAACACUUUAAGGAACGUUCUAGAUCUAUUUUUAACAUUUACAGUAAUGGCAGAACUCUUUGUGUCAAAGCAAAGAAAACGGAAGUUAAACCGCCAUGCCUGUUUGUUUGCAGGAGGACCGUAGCAGAUAGGUUUAGUAUUUAAGAUUCGAAAAGCCAAAUGGUUGUGUGUUUUACAAUUUCUGAAAAUGUAUUAGCUGUGAUAAGACCUCCAACUAGCUGGAUAUACCAAAUCAAGCGCGUCACAGUGGGCGGGGCAAAACUGCGUAAACUGUAACUCCGUAUAAAAGAUCUAGGUGUAGAAGUUUUGUACGAUUUCAGCCGUGCAUUGGUUGAUAUUAGCUGAAACAAUGCUUCUAAAACCUUCCAGAAUUUAACACCUAGUUUUCGAAAGGUGUUUUAGAGUGUAAAAUAAACUUUAUUAUGAUGUGAAUUUCGAUUAUUGUUUGUACAAACAUUAAUUGAAGGAUUUUUCAAUUCCGUCCAAAUUUGAAUGGUCUUAUAAUUUAUUCGAGUGCUGAAUGUCUGCUUAUUUAUUAUAUUAUCCACCGGGAAUGACAAUGUGUUAUAGUGAUAUUGUGCUUUCCUUAUUUAUGUGUGUCGUGUGUGUUU